UGUAAUCUAGUACUAUUAUUUUAUAUGAAAUGUAAUGUACUCUAUGUGUACUGUGUAAGACAUAUUAUAUAUUGUAAUAAUGUCAUUGGAUAUGCUUUGGGACAUGCAGCCAUGUCAGGUGAUGUUUCAAGGGCUGCUUGGAACUCCACAUACGAGAAAGGGCUUGUUGAAAUAUUACAUGAGUACAAGGAUAACCCAAAAUACAAAGGUCAGAAUGGUUGGUCAUCAGAAGGGUGGAGGAUUAUCACAGCCAAGUUCAAUGAGAGCUUUCCCAUAGCUCACUUCACAAAGCAACAAAUUCAAGAAAAGGAGAAGGAGCUUAAAGGUAACUACAGGACACUAAGAGAUGCUAAAAAGGAAAGUGGUAAUGGCUGGAAUGAAUCUUUGUGCAUGAUACUUGCCGAACCAAAAAUCUGGGAGAAGUUAAUUAAGAACCAUCCGAAAGUAGCAAAGUUUCACAAAAAGCCAUUUCCUCUCUUUUACCAAUUGGAAGCACUAUAUGAAGGAAGUAUUGCCACAGGGAAUCUAAACUUCACUUCAAUUCAGCAAAAGGAUCCUUUUGACGAUGCUCCUAUGGCUGCUCCAAAGGUUGCUCCUAUGGCUGCUCCAAGGGUUGCUCCUAUGGCUGCUCCAACUGUUGCUCCUAUGGCUGCUCCUGCUGAGAGAAGUAUCUCGGAACAAAGCUUCCACAGUGAUCUUAGAGACUUUGGCAAUAAUUCGUAUGCUUCAAGUUUUGAUGGCCAAGGGACCUCAAGUGCACGCAAUGAACAAAAUGAAGCUCAAUCCGCUCCAAGUGAAGGAGGAAGUGGGAGAAAGCGUAAGCAAAGUCACAUUGGAUCUGCACUUGAGGAUUAUGUGGAGUUUAAAAAGAGUCAAACAAGCAAAACUUUGGAAGCUCUGAAUGAAAAGAAAAAGCGUGCUGAGGAAUUUUGUUUUGAGAAGUGUGCUGAUCAAGUGGAUUCUAUAAAUGAAUUAACAAAUGAUGAGAAGUCAUAUGCUAUGGAGCUCUUUGAAUCUGAUACAAACAGAGAAGUGUUCAUGAAGACCAAAAAUCCUGAAGUUCGUCUAAUUUGGCUAAAGAGAAAAAUCAGAGCACUUGCUGCAAACAGUGCAUAGAAGGUAGAAGUUAUUUCGUGACAGGAGUGGCACAAAUGCAGAGUCAGCUCAUUUGAUCAGCAUGCACAAGUCAAAUAUAGUGCAGAACCAAAUCUUCCUUGAUAGUAUAUCCUGCUAUUCUGAAGGCCACGUGAACAUAUUUUUGCUCUAUUUAUCCCCUGAAUUUUUGUGAGCUACAAGCAAAUGGUUUCUGUUCUGGAAUUA